AGUCCCAGCCCUUCCUGCCCUAUUGGAGCAUCCUCCCCCCUCCCCUGCUCUCCAUCUUCCUGCGGUCUGCAGAGCUGCAUUGUGGGAAACUCCCAAGUUUUUUCCAACCCCCCCUUCCCUCUGCCUCCCUCCCUCUUCUCUGCGCAAGAGCCAGCUGCGAGGUGCGACUCGUAGGGCCGGAGGACAGGAGGUGCUGUAACAUGUCCAGGUAGGACACCACCAGUGUGAACAUCAUCCCAAGACAGUCACUCCAAGCCAUCCCUCUCAGGUGGCUCCUCUGCUUCAGCCAGCAGCCAGACAGAGGUGAAGACCUGGGCUUGCUCCCCUUGUGAGAGGCAUCCAGUCACUGCCCACAGCACUCGUAGGGAUGGAUUCCAAAGGCAACGUCCGAAGUGGAAACAAACCCGACGCCAAGGCCGCCAGCUCUGGAAAGCCAGAAAAGCCCAGCCCUGUGCCUGCCACCAAUGCAGACAAGAAGGAGACCCCCAAAGAGCAGCCUGCUCCUGCCACUGCCACCAAGAAGGCAGGCGGCGAUGCUGCCAUCGUGAACAACCACAGCAACCUGAAACCCAGCCCAGCCGCCACGGAGACACAGGAGGCCACCGGCCAGUCCCCUGACUCUGACCACAAGGGAAACAGCUCCGAGGAGUCACCAGGCAGCAUCUUCGACAACAUGAAGCCCUUGAUCAUCAUCGGAGGAGUGGCAGUGGCUGCGCUAGCUGUGAUUGUGGGAGUGGCGUUCCUAGCCCGGAAAAAAUGAAGACCAAGGCAGGGUGGGCUGAGAAACCCAACCUGGCUGUACAGCUCCUUUUGAGACAAAUGCAUGCAGAGAAAUUCUAUACAUAUCUAUAUAUAUAGAGCGAGCUAGAUAGGUCAACAACAAACACCAACCGCAACUCCAAGAGUCUUGUUCAAGACAACUGUGCCAGUUUGACCCGAUGUGGGUAACUCCAUGCACUCAGUGUGUUCUUUUCAUGUAAUAUAUCUUGGCUUAUACCACUGUGUAUAGAUUACAGCUUCUCCUGAUCGGUGUAAAUGACGGUGUCCCCUCCCCUCCCUGCUGUCCUCUCUGGGAGACACCCCCACCUCUCUUGCAGUCCCCUGUUCUCAAGUCCAAAGUGUUCUUUGUCCCAUCCAGAGUCCCUGCUUUGUGUUUUGGUUUCUGUUUGGUUUGUUUCUAAGUUGGGUUGUGGUGAAGAAGAUGUAAGGAGAGAUGGAGCCUAGUGAGAAGACCCAGUUCACCUGUCAUUGUGUGUAGGGCAAAGUGUGAUCUCUAAUAGGUCUCGUGUACCUGCUGCUCAUCAACCCACCGUUAAAAACCCAACUCCAAAGUGCCCCAGAGAAACCAGGCCAGCUGUAGCUGGAAGCUGCAGCAUGGCAGAGCUGAGUAAGCAGCUCAGGACAUCACACAAGUCUUUUCACUGGCUGAGCUGCCAACUAGAGAGUGAGCAGAGGGACUGUACCGUGACCGACAGUGCAGGUAGUAGUGUAUGGAGAUACCUGGCAAAAUCCCAUGCCGAUUGCAGGCAGACAGCAGCUGCCGUCUGCUUGGUUUCUUGCACGUUGGCAGCCUUCAAGAUCCCACAGAUCAACAAGGUCACGGGGGCAGUGUUCAGGGAUAGAGAGGCUUUGUUUUGGAUCUAGUAUUUCCUAAAUUUAGGCUGAGCUUUGCAAGAUGCUGUGGCCUCAGCCCAAAAUCCCUUAAGGUUAGCUGGACUCUUUAUUUCUUGGGGGCUCUGGAUCAGGCUGUUCACCUCGUGUUUUCCCACUGAAGGCUCUGGCCUCUCUGCAGAUGAGAAGGUAGGAAAACAGGGAGACACAAGCAGGUUUUAGGGGUGGACAAGAGCUGGGACCCGAUAAGAAAUAACACUGACCUGCUUCACACCAAGGAAACCCUGGUCAAGGGCACUGGAAAUCCAUCUGGUGAUCCUAGGGUGAUUUCUCACCUCCCUCCUGUGAGUGGCAGGGAUCUGUGAUUCCUCUACAUCUUGGAAAUGGAAACAAAUUCCCAAUGCUGGGGAACAGCCUGAUUUCAUUGGUGAGUACCUCAGAUCUAAAGCCAGACCUUGCAAGAAGGAAGGCAGGCGACCAGAAGGUGUUCGGUGCAUUGGCAGAUGACCUUCGCCUGACACCAAGAAGCGGGCAGAUCUUACUCUGAGAGUUUCCACUAGGCUAUUUUGGGCUUCCGUGCUACUGCAAAAAGGCUCUUUACCUUGCUCUGUGUUUUUAAAUUAGGUCAGAGCUCAGAUGAGGUCAGAGAUUAGAUGAGGUCAGAAUCACAGGCUCUCUGGAGCUCAGCAGCAGUUGCAGCCAAUGGAGUUUUGCAUGAGAAGGUGGGGUGAGUUCAGCAGAAAUCAGUUAAAGAGCCACGUGACAUGUCUUUGAGCCUGGAUGUAUAAAUUUGGUGGGUACUGGGCCAGAGAAAGGCCUUGGGUACUGUCUUUGCAGUACCUGCUUCUGGCAAAAUUACUGGAUAGCAUGGUGGAUGUGUAUAACCCAAUCUGGUAAUUCUUCUCUUGGCUCACAUCCUAAUUUGCCUCCAAAUUUGGCCUGAUGGGUGCAUAUGGCUUCCCCAGAUAAAAGCCUUUUUUGACACAGUCUGGCCAUUCCUAUGCUGAGCUUUUUCAUCCUCCUCUUUUCCCCAAGGCUCAUAAAAUAUUCCCAAAAGGCACGCAACCUCUGGGAGUAUCAGAUGCUCUCUUCUGAUGAACAACAGGCUGCUUGCAGCUUGAGUUUAAUGUCUACCUCUACUUUUACCAGUACAGAGACAGGAGAUGGUUAUGUUGGGUUCACGGUGGUUUUGGUAAGAGUGCUAACAGCCUCAGGGGAAAUCCGGGUAGCUGAAAGCACUCUUCCUCUGUGUUGUGCACAUGCCUCCUAGCAGCAGUGCUGGAAGCAGAGGGUCCAUGGCUCGGUGCCUCUACAAUGCCACUUUUAUCUAAAGAACUGAUUUCCCCUCGUCCUGUUUUGCAGAUGUUUAGUGGUUUACUUUAUUUUUUAUUUUUUAUUUUUUUUUGUGGGUGGGAGAAGGGAGUGCAAGCAACAGAGGAGAGUGAGAGGUAUUGGGGAAGCAGAGAUGUGAGACAGAACAUAACUCAGCAGCAGUCCCAGCAACGCUCCCUUGCAGCAACUGUGGGAGGGCCUUGCAAGAGCACACAGUGGGGCUGCUGCAUCUCCUGCCUGCACCUAAACUGAGAGCCUGGGGUGCUACAAAGCCCCCAAACCCCGGCAGCGCCCUUGGUGCAUCCUCGUGCCAUGCUGGGGUGAGGCCCCGUUGCACACCACCUCCCCCUGCUGCUGCUUGCACCCUGACCUGUGCAUUCUGCUUUCCUCAUGAGGGAGGUCUUGGUGCACACACCAGAAGCAAAUUGCAGUGCAGUGCGGACAGGAACCUCAUCUAUGUGACUGGGAGGACUGUGCCCAACAAGUACAGGGUAACGUAUCCAAACGAGUGGGGUUUGGAUACAGGGAUGGCUAUUGCUGUGCUCCCCUUCCCUCAGACCUCUGGGGAAGAGAUUUCAGCUUUUGGCUGGAGGGAAUUUUGUAAGAAAUUUUACUUAUGUUGCCCAUGAGGAAGGGAAUCCGGCUAUCCCUGUUCUGAUUCUUGUUUUGCCGAAGUAGGGCUGGUGAUUUUCAGACAUCAACUUCUGUUUUCAAGUCCUGUCUUCAAAAAAAUAUUUCUAUCUGCCCUGUCUGUUCCUCCCUUUCAACCCCGGAUGUGGGAUUUAUUUUUAUUUUUAAAAAAGCAUUUUUUUUUUUUAGCAGUCUGUGGCAUUACAGAUGCAGCAUCUAACCAUCCUGCAUUGGCUAGCAUAGGUAGAUGCAGGGGGAGGAAAAAGAAACACCUGCCUCAUUUGAGUGCUUUUUUUUUUUUUUUUUUUUUUUCUUGCUUGUUUUUUCUUUCUGAAGCGUUUUUGUGGUUUUAUUUCCUUGGCUUAAAGUUCAGCAAGGGAAGAGGGGAAAAACAGUUCUCAGCCAAUGUGGGCCUUAACCAUUUCUGUCCACACCCAGCCCCCCUUGCCCUUAGGGCAUGUGGAUGGAUUCAAGGCCAGUAACUUCAUCCACAAACACACCACAGAGAUGGUGCCGGGACUGCAGCUCAUCCUCUGGGUAUGUGACCACGUGCUAGCCCUCGCUAGGCAGUGAACGUGGUUUGUCUUGUCUCAUAAUGGAACCUCUGCUUACUGCGAUCAAUUAACACCACCUGCUGUCCGGAUCCUUUCUCUGGAGCCCACCUCUUUGGUUUGGAAAAACACCUCUGUCUAUGUGUGCGCGUGUGUGUGUGUGUGUGUCUGUACACCACCCUGCCUUGAAUAUUCUGUGUAUGUAUGUAUACGUGCAGGUUUAUAUUACUGCAGUCUGGGUAAAGCCACAUUCUUUGUAAGGAAAAAAAAAAAAAAAACAACAACACACAAAACAAACCUGGAGAUGACCCUUCAUUUGUUCCUCUGCAUUCACACAAAGUGUCCGUGAUGUCUUUUCUGUGCCAUUCACAUCUCACCAUGCAGCACCCGAAUUCCUUUUUCUGUCCUGGUUUCUUCUCAGAGCAAAGAAUGUAUGACGAGCGAACUGCCGAAUGUACCAUGUGCCCAUUGUGCUAGGAGCUCAAAGUCACUGUUCCCCCUCCCUGGAUAUUCGCGUGGGCUACUUGCUUAAAAAUAAGGCACUUUUAGCCAAUACUGAACUGUACUGGACUGUGUUGUAGUGCUUUUCACAGUGUGGGUCUAGUGUUGACUUGAGUCAGGUAGAUCAAGCGUAGAUGCCAUACAAGCUCCCAGGCACGCAGCUGGGGCCGUGCACUUCAGUCCUGAAUUGCAAACGACAUCCUCUUAGCAAACACCUCCUGUUCUGCCUUAAUGUGCCAGGCUGUGCGGUGGUUUCGUUUUGAGAAAAAACGUCCAGCGAGAACUAGGCUGAGAAGAGCAAAUUCAUCUCUCUCAGAAUCGAAACGAGAUUGAAACCAAAUUUGUUGAGAAGUAGAAGGCUUAAAUGACUGAACUCGCUGUGCUAAAUAAAUAGUUGUCUUUUCUCGUACUGAGCACAUGCCGUUAUUUGCUUGAUGUUAUUCUUUGUGUGGUGUUUGUGAUAUGAAGUCCUUCUAUUGAUAUCUCCAUGGGGAGAAUGAAUUAAUGCUUAAAACUAGUAAGAUUCUGCGCUUGGGUUUUGAAGAGAUCUAGAUUGCUAGUUUACUCUUGAUAAAGUGCAAAUUAGAAAUUUGGGAAACUGACUUCACAAGUAUUGCAGCUUAUCUCUAAAACUAUAGAUUUGGUUAUUACACCAGAUCCCAGUCUAUUUUUAAGGAGCCACACAUUUUAGUCAAAUACAACGAUGUUGUGCUCUUGAGCAACUUUGUAGAAGGCUUUUGAUGCUUCUAGCUUUAAGAAAGAUGAAAUGGGUUACACAUCCGCUUCCUCUUUCUCCUGGUUUAAUAGACUGUGGUAAGUCCUGCUACUCCUAACAGUUCUGCAGUAGGAUGCAAACAACCCUGGAAACAGAAGGAUAAUGUAGCAGCAUUUUUGGGAGGGUAAUAAUGCAUUCUUGUGGCUGCUGUCACACCUCACAAAGCGCUGAGCAGUUGCUUGCCCUGAAGCACUUAUUAGCCCCACUAGGUGGAGUGAUACAAUAAAAAUAGGUUUGUCUUUGCUGAAUCAAAGCUUAGGGAUUGAUCCCCCAGCUACCAAAUCUAGGGGAAUUUUUCCAUUGGUUUCAGCAUGCUGUGAUCAGGCUUUGCGAUCUUAUCGGCACCAGGGCUAUGACUGCAGGUCUCUGUAAAAUAUAAAUGCAUUUCAGUGGCAUGUUUUACAAACCCGGCCAAAAUACUUCUUAGUCUUCUGCUGAGUACAAGGGAAACCUUCUCUAGUAUUACCUGAGGCAGCCACGCUUACACUGACAUUAGCAUUUAUGUAUAAACAACAGGAUAACUAAAACACAAAACCAACCAACCAAUCAACCAAAAAUACUAAAGCCAGUGAGAGGAGAUGAAUGAUUCUUGACUAAAAUUCCCUUCCUUUCCUGGAAAUGUCACUGGGUUCAGAAAUCUGCCUUUUUCUAACUAUUCUUAGAAUUGGUUGAAAAUAUAAAUUCUGAGGAUUUGUGAAGGAGAAAAAAAUGUUCUUGAAGAAAUAAACUACAUAAGGAAGAUAGUAGUAGUAGUAAUAAUAAUAAUAAUAAUAAAAGUCUGACUACGAAGCCAUGCAAAUUAUCCCUUGUUAACUGGAUUUCUCAAGUGUUUUUGCUGUCUCUGUUCAAUGUUAGAGUUUAUGAAGCAAGAAAAAGGCCUGAAGUUUUCCACAACCAACUUCGUGCAAUUAAAGGAAAUUGCAGGUUUAUAAUUCAGGCAUUUUUAAGGGCGGUGUUCUCUCUUUUCACAUGCUCUGUUGUCAAAAAGUCUGAAAAUCCAAUAUAAACCCAUUUUGAUCCUCCAGUUUGUGACUUUUUGUUAGAGCAGGGAUGCUGGUACAUCUUACUGACCAUACAGGUUUGUUCCCUUCAUCGAGGACCCAUGGAAGAGCUGCUUUCUGUAGCAGUCAGCAACCACAUGGUGUAUUUUUCAUAAACUGCUACCAGUUCUGCUUUACAAGCUGGGCAUCUCCCUUAAUGAAGGGGUUGCCACUGACCUGGAUAAUUAAAAUUCUGCAUUUAACUUAGUUAAGUUCUUAGUGCUGGAAGCCGGAAUUGGGAUAUUUCCUGAUACUUACACUAGAGGUAUUUGGCUCUUUACUCGUUCACAGACAAAUCUGCUGAUGCUGAAGAUCUGACCCAGACUGUCAGCACAUUUUAGGACUUGUGAGUGGCACUCGAUUGACAACUCCACUGCAGAAAGCAGGGAAUCCUGAGCAGCAAUUUUCUGGGCCAGGGUAUGUGGCACCAUCUGCGUACUUCAGAAUUCAUGCUGUGGGUGACAAAGAAGCCAGGAGAGGGUGAUAUGAGCAGUGUCUGCCUUCUACUGUGGAUUAAAUUUUGCUGCUCUGUUUUCAGCCCCUAUCUAUCCCCAUGUGGUUCUUGUCCUGCAGUGACUGUUUGGGUCCUAUUCCUAAAAUGUCUCCUGUCCCCACUUCAACUAGAAAUUGGUUCUCUUCCGAAUUUCAUCUUCUUGAAGUAUUACUUAAUCAUUAAUGGGAAGUUAUUUUUUAAGGGCAAAGAGCACAGAAUAUGGCCAAUAAGGUCAAUGAUAGUCUUAGCUCUCAUGGUCAAUAUGUGGUAAAAAAGAGAGUGUACUUCAUCUAGGUUCAUCUUACUGAAUGCUUCUGUCUAGAAGAUUGUUCUCCUUGAGCUAGACUAUGAUUCCUUGAAUUUAGCAGCCCAGAUGAUGCAAGGUGCAGUUGAGGGGACUGCAACCUAACUGAGACACUGGCUUGAAACAUGCCCCAUGUGCCAUUCAGCUUGAUUUGGCUGGCUAUAUUUCAAGACCAUUUUUUAGUCUUUUAUUGAAUCUUGCAUUGGUUAGCUCAGAUCACAUUAUCUUGAGUGACCCUGAGGAGUUAAAUCUGUGUAGCAGAGGGUUUUUAAUGAUAAAGACUUUCUUCCUUUCUCAUAUCAUCAGUCCAGCCAUGUGACCUGUUUCCUUUUUAAAUCCCGAGUUCCUAGACUGUCUGCUCAUGCCAGGUCUGCUACAAACUAUACAGCUCCACUGGCUUCCAGAGAUCUGAUUAAUUGCUUGUGCUUUGCUGCUGCUUCAGCUACUCAACUGUAUUCCCAGGCAGCUCUGCAGAUGUGGCCUUUCCACAGCAAGGCAAAAACCACGCCCCAGUGCAGAGGCAGAUUUUGGGUUGCCCUACCUAACAGAGCCAAAGUUCAGCCACUUGGCACCUAAGGGGAAUGAAAAGACUGUAGUGUAGAAAGGAAUGCAUGAACUCUUCAUUUGCCCUAGCUGCUAAGGCUUGGGGGUCUGAGAUGCAAGAUAUUGCAUGCUUGUCUGCCACAGGAGCUCAGCAGAGGAUAAAAACCUAGCUGGAAGCUCCCUUUCUGGUCCUUACUCUUUCACAUCAGAGAAACACUGCAUGGCCACAACUUCUGCUUGGGACUGAAGAGCUGGGGGCUGCCUGCCAGUUGGCUGGGAAGGUGACAGAGCACUGGAACAGGCUGCCCAGUGAGGUUGUGGAGUCUCCUUCUCUGGAGAUAUUCAAAACCUGCCUGGAUGCAAUUCUGUGCACCAUGUGUUAGGUGACCCUGCUGGGCAGGGGGGCUGGACCGGGUGAUCUCUGGUGAUCAUCUAUUCUGUGGUUCUGUAUUCUGGCUGCUCAGGAGAUGUUAACGCAGUGUGUGCGUACACUAUAUGUGGCUGAAGCUAGUGCUGCUUUGGUCCUCCAGGUUUUGCACCAAAAAUACAGGCAGAGAAGAGAGGUCCUUGAACCUCUCAGGCUGGAUCUCAGCUGAAGACAAUGAUCUGUAUUUUUGCUGGCCUGGAAGAAUCAGUUCGUGUGCAAGGAACACGCUGCUGUUCUCAUCCUCCAUUAGCUGCAGGGCAGAGGACACAGAAGACUGCAAGGAUUCCUCCGUUUGAGUGGGCUGCUCAAGUUUUGUGAAGUUACACAAGACAACUGGGCCUGGAAAAUUUACAUCUCAUUCAACAAACCAUGCUAAAAAGUUGACACAAAGCACACGGUAAUAGGACAGAUCUUAGUCUUUGGUUUUCCAAAUGCAUGAGUUUGGCUCUACCCUGCACUGAAGUUCUGCUUGCCGCUUUGGGAAGCAUUUGUUCUGUUUGGACACUGAGAUGCUGUACAUGGGGAGACGUGCUCUCUUUGAGGCUAUGCCUUUCUGAGUAAAUAGAUCUUCUUGCUAAGAAAUAUAACGUGGAUUAAAUAGGUUCAGACCAACAGCAUUUGCACAUCUUACUCUUGCACUCCAUUCUUUUCCAGUUCAUUGUUCCCAGCUUGAAAUUCCCAAAUUAUUCCAUUCCAUUUUUCUAAUUUCUCAAAAAGCAAAGCCCCAGCGCAGGAUCCCAAGAAUAGUCACUGCUUCUUUCCAUCUGUGCGUGAUGAUGCUCCAGUACCAAAACUCCCAGGAGGAAGAGAGGAAUCUUUAAUCAUGUUUGCAACAGUAAAGACCUGCAUUGUAUCCCUGGUUUUGCCACAGCAGCUUCAAGCAGUCAAGUUUCUGGGACAAUUUGAUAAGAACAAGGGUGCCACACAGAUUGCCAUGUUUAAAAAAAAUAAAAAAUAAAAAUAGAAUCAUUUGGCUUUAUUAAGUUUUGAGCAGCCCUUCUUAAGCCUGGUGCCUUUUCGUGAGUCACUGGUUAGGACCCUUUCAAUUGAAAUCUUUAAAAGGUGCAUUCUCGACUCUCCAGUGAAAACCAGCUCCCUUCUAGUGGUAGGUGCAGGUUGUUUACAAACUUGUGGAGAAACCAAAAUUGUAGAAAGGGAACUCGUAGGUCAGACUACAGGGGAUUUCUUUUUUUUUUUUCCUUUUGGUUUGCUUUGAUUCUAUUACUUUGCCAGGGACUGACCCAAAGGACUUGGAAGUCCGAUGGAAAGCUCAACCACGAGCAGCAGGGGCAUGCCUGCUGCUAGGCUGGAAGCCACCAGCAUCUUUCCAGCAUCGUUGGUGGGUUUUGUGUCAGCCCCUGGAAAUGUUUUCCAAUUGAUAUUAAUUUUAAAAUGACAUCUUGAUUUCUUCCCUGUACAAACAGACCUGCUUGUCACUUACACAUAUUUACCUGUGUUCAACAUACAGGUUUGUGUUUUUCUUUUUAUUGUUUUAUUUUUUAUCAUUUUUUUAACUUUCUUUCAAAAACAAUAUGCUGCUAGAUACAUUUCCUGGAGGGAAAUGGACACCUACCUACACACAAAGCUAUAGAGCUAAUUUAUACCUUGUUGAAUUUAUAAUCUUGUCUAUGCUUAUAUGGACACUUUGUAUGGGCUGCAGCUCAAACCUUAAAAUAGUCAAGAAUUUUUCCUUUCCCAUAUAGUAUUCUAUUUACUUUGACUUAAAAAAAAACAAGCGUAUAAAUGCAAUAAUGCAGGUAGACUAGAAAUACUAGAUUGAAAAUUAAAGUAGUUUAGCUUGUCCCAUUGUGACUGACAGUGUUGUAUGACACCCAACGCUGUACCCUAACAUUUUCCAGGCUUUCUACGUAGCUGAAUCUAGUAUUAGCUUUGAAAACCCAUUGUAUGAGUGGUGGGUGGAUGGGUUGGAAACGUGUGCUCUCUACACACUGUAUGUUACUCACAUCAGAAGCUGUAUGGCCACUCCAUAUGCUGUGAAACUGUAAAUGAUUCCCAAUACACCUGUAACUCUUACCAGGAUUGUGAGAAAUAAACUAUAUAUAGAUAUCUAUAUAUACAUAUAGAUAUAUUGAA